AUGGACCAAAACCAGAUCUGGAUUAUCCUCGCCGUUGUCCUUGGCAGCUUGGUCCUCGCGCUGGUCGUAGUCCUGGCUCUCUUCUGCUGCAGACGAUCAAAGAGACGAGUGCGAGGUUUCUCUUUCCGGGCCGUGACGCCCUUGCCUGACGCCGAAUUCGAAUCGUGGCGUCGACCGAGCCAAUACACCCAACGACCGCAGAAGUACGGCAUUCGGCCCGCUCCACCGCCUCCUGUACGCACCACCAGGAGUCCUGUCAUGCUUGAGAAGGACUUCGAUGACUUCGAUGGUCCACGCACGCCUUCUCCUCAUGACUAUCCUUCUCUCGAAUAUCCUAUGAGUCCGAUCCGUAAACCAGAACGUGUUCGACGAAAGUCUAGUGCUACUUCUUCGCUUGCGGACAGACCACCCACGCCAUAUUCACCUUCUUCCAAGACGAGCGAGUUCCCUCGUGAGUCCUUCUCAUCACGAAAGUCCUACGGAGGAAGCCCUCGCAUUCAUUAUCCGUCAAUGUCAGAGGCAUCCGCGUUCAACUUCGACAUCAAAGACAUGAGCUUUGACUCCAACAAGUUCGAUCCAGUUCGACCUUCAACACAUUCGGAUCGCCCUCUGAACCUUUCCUACGAGAAACCAUCUUAUCUCGAACAGUUGUGA